CUAACGUGUUUUUACAGAAAUUCCUUUGAAAUAUACUUAAAAGUUAUGUUUUUUUAAUCAGUUAUGGCUUCUCUACCAAUAAAUACAUCUUGCAAUAGCAACGUAACGUGCUCAACAAUGAUGCCCUUUAAAAUGGCAAUGACAUGGUUGUACGCAACAAUUUUUGUGGUUGGUUUGCCUGGCAAUAUACUGGUAAUCUUAACCAUUAUUAGAGUAAAGCAAUUGCGAAAUGUAAGAAACGGGUUUAUAGCAAAUUUAGCUGUAAGUGAUUUAAUUAAUAUUCUUUGGUGUUUACCAACUUCUCUUGUUUCGCUUUAUGUGCCCUGGCCUUACGGAAGGUUUGUUUGUAAAUAUAUUUUUCCAAUUUCUGAUGUCGUGAUUGCAAAUACAAUUUUUACUAUGAUGCAGAUCACCAUAGAUCGUUAUCGAGCCAUUUGUUACCCAUUUUCAAGAAAAGUUUCCUUUAAAACUACUUUGUAUAUAAUUAUUGUGACGUGGAUUUUUUGUUAUGUCUGUUUUGGGCUUCCGUUAGUUGGAUCUUUUGAAAUUUCAUCUGGUUAUUGGGUCAAAAAAAGCUGCAAUUUGAAUUUAAAAAACGCAGAGAAAAUUGCUCAUCGAAUUCUACUUUUCGUGAUUUUGUUUAUUAUUCCAUUCAUAGUGGUAUUAUUUUGUAUAUUGCACAUGCGCCGUGGUUUAAGUAAUAUGUUACAACUGACAAAUGGGUCCUUAGGAAAAAUGCAGCUGGUUUAUCGAACGCAAAAAAAUAAAAAAAUUUUGAAAGUUCUACUGAUCAUUUUUUCAAGUUUUACUUUUUGCAUUUUCCCAAUACAAGUUUUGUUGAUUGAUAAUGUAUUUAAAGGACCAAUUAGUAAAUGGAAAUAUGCUUCAAUUGUUUAUCAAAUAGCAAUUGCUUUGUUAUUUUUCAACUCAAUAAUGAACCCUAUCAUACUUUACGCCCUUAGCACAGACUUUAAGCAAGGAUAUAGGAAACUUUUAAUUUGUUUUACAGAUAAACGUGGCAAUAACGAAAAAGUACAACAGAAAAACUUUAAAAAAAUGUUACCUUUAGUCCCGGCAUAUUAGGGAUGCAAUCUGAAAUAAAGACUUUCUUUGUUCAUUUGUUAUAAAUUUGAUUGGUACAAAGAGAUAACGAGUAGAUAGGACAAAAUUAAAAAAAAAUAGUAACAUCAAAAACUCAAAAAAUCUGAAUUUGUUAUGUACCCAUUUAUAUUUUCAUAUUUAUAAAUAAAUUUUGAUUUUAUUAGAAAGACACUUUUUUUGAUUUAAAUAACUUUUUUUGUGUGAAUAUUUUCCUUUUUGUAUUGGCAUAUUUUAUUCUUCAAAUUCUCAUAAACUAUA